AUGAGUGAGCGGAGAAGAUCUGCAGUAGCCCUCAGCUCCCGGGCUCACGCUUUCUCGGUAGAAGCCUUGAUUGGGACAAAUAAAAAGCGGAAACUGCGAGACUGGGAGGACAAGGGGUUGGAUUUGUCCAUGGAGAGCCUCAGCCCCAAUGGCCAGCUAGGGGAGAACGAAGACCCGACCCAGUGCCUGGACCUCAACCCCGAUUCAGAGCAGAGUACUGGGUCAGACACAGAGGUGUUGACUGAGAGAACAUCCUGCUCAUUUGGCUCCCACUCUGACCUCACAUCUGGUGGCUCAGGUCCCCAGCCUCCUCCUCCAUCAUCCAUGGAGGAGAUCCAGGUAGAGCUGCAGUGUGCUGACCUCUGGAAAAGAUUCCAUGACAUUGGGACAGAGAUGAUCAUCACUAAAGCAGGCAGGAGAAUGUUUCCAGCCAUGAGAGUGAAAAUUACAGGCUUAGACCCUCACCAACAGUAUUACAUAGCCAUGGACAUUGUGCCUGUGGAUAACAAGAGAUACAGGUACGUGUAUCACAGCUCCAAGUGGAUGGUGGCGGGCAACGCUGACUCCCCAGUGCCUCCCAGGGUGUAUAUCCAUCCCGACUCGUUGGCUUCUGGUGACACCUGGAUGAGGCAGGUUGUCAGUUUUGACAAACUCAAGCUGACCAACAACGAGCUUGAUGAUCAAGGCCACAUAAUCCUACAUUCAAUGCACAAGUACCAGCCUCGAGUUCAUGUGAUCCGCAAGGACUUCAGCAGUGAUCUGUCUCCUACAAAACCAGUCCCUGCAGGUGAUGGAGUGAAAACUUUCAACUUCCCUGAAACUGUCUUCACCACAGUGACAGCCUAUCAAAACCAGCAGAUUACUCGACUAAAAAUUGACCGAAACCCUUUUGCUAAAGGAUUCAGAGAUUCUGGGAGGAACAGAACUGGCCUGGAGGCCAUCAUGGAAACAUAUGCGUUCUGGAGGCCCCCUGUGCGUACCCUCACUUUUGAAGAUUUCACUACCAUGCAGAAACAGCAAGGGGGCAGCACAGGCACCUCCCCAACAACCUCCAGCACCGGGACCCCAUCACCCUCUGCCUCCUCUCAUCUCCUCUCUCCAUCCUGUUCCCCUCCAACCUUUCACUUGGCCCCCAACUCUUUCAAUGUUGGCUGCCGGGAGAGCCAGCUGUGCAAUCUCAACCUGUCCGAUUAUCCCCCAUGUGCCAGAAGCAACAUGGCUGCCUUACAGAGCUACCCAGGGCUAAGUGACAGUGGGUACAACCGACUCCAAAGUGGCUCUGCUUCUGCCACUCAGCCCUCAGAAACCUUCAUGCCUCAGAGGACUCCAUCCUUGAUCUCAGGAAUGCCUACUCCUUCCUCUCUGCCUAACAAUGGUAAGAUGGAGGCCUUUGGUGGCCAGCUGGGGUCAUUCCCAGCCUCUCAGUUUCAAUAUGUCAUGCAAGCAGGCAAUCCUGCCUCCACCUCUUCUUCUUCACAUAUGUUUGGUGGUGGCCACAUGCAGCAGAGCUCCUACAAUGCCUUCUCCCUUCACAACCCUUACAACCUGUAUGGAUACAAUUUCCCUGCUUCCCCUAGGCUGGCAGCAAGCCCAGAGAAACUGACCACCCCUCAAAGCACUUUACUCUGUUCUUCCCCUUCCAAUGGGGCUUUUGGAGAGAGGCAAUACCUUUCAGCAGGGGUGGAUCAUGGAAUGCACAUGAUCAGUCCUCCAGCCAACAACCAGCAAACAGCCAGUGCCUGUGACAACAGACAAUAUGGGGCUGUUCCAGGCUCAUCUUCACAGAUGUCUGUGCACAUGGUUUAACCAGUGAUUUGUCUCCUCGGAACUGAAGGCAGCAAGACCCUCAUUGUCUCCAUGGGUGAUCCUGUCUCAAUACCUUUUUGCCUUUAAACUCAUAAUGGAACUAGUAGUUUAAUUAUCAGUGGAAACACAAGCCAUCUAAAUUACACUCUAAGUAAUCCAAUGGAAAGCCCCUGCUGACAGCCUCUGCUGCUCAUUGUAAUCCAGGGCCUAAGCAUCUGCAAUGGAGCGUCUGUGCCAAAUAGACUUUUCAGAGGGAAAGGCUCACUUAAGAGAAGCUGGAGUGAAUCAGAUUAAAUACAGUAUAUGCAUUAACUCUCAAUUAGCAUGAACUCUUGAUGUUGAAGGAGUCUUGUAUGUGUGCUAUCUCCUCCAUACCAAAGGAAAGAAGUCACUGAAGACUUCAUCAUACAGAACUGCACUGCCCAUGAGAGGCCAUUGCAUUAAGGGCCUCACCCUUCCCUGACUUUUCCUUGCUGCCAGAGUGGUUUAGCAUAUUGCUGAAGUUAACACAAGUCCUGCGGUCCCCUCUCCCCGCUGUAGUAACAGGACAUUAUUGCUGAACUGGAACUUCUCUCCUGCAAAAGAUAUUUACUUUCUGAGUCUGGCUGUGUCUGGCAGGCAGUUUUCUUUGUAUGGGUCUAGCUCACAAUGGUGCCAUGCCUGCACAAAGAGAGAGAGCCAGAGCGCGGAGUUUUAACUCAUAAAUUAAAUGUUUCUUCGAACACCCUAGUCAGCAGAGGUGGAACCUCUGCCAUAUACUGGGGGGCAUUUUUAGAAUGAUACAGAAGGGGAGAGGUGUCUCAGCUGUGCAACUCCUGUGGAUGUCACCCAGAGUAGUACAGCCAACC